UGCUGUUUCAAGAAAUAUCAGCGGGCACUUAUCACACCACUUACUCAGGCUGUAGCGGGGGUCUCGUUGGCGCCUAGCUUGAUGUCACCUGAUUCUGCUGACAUGUCGACGUCAGGGACAGCUGCAGGAGGCGCGCAAUAGGUAUAGGCGUAUGUAUAUCCAGCAUACUCUGUUGUUAUGCGUACAUGCGACAUAUAAAAUUAUGCUUGCUGACAUUCGGAGUCUAGAGUCCCCUUGCUCCACCAUGGGCAAGGCCGAAACGUAUACGUACAAAGGCCCAGGCAGACAGCCAGCUUUCCUCUUUCCCCUCAGUCAUAUCUUUGAGAGGCUGUUUCUCCAUAUACCUGAUAUCCACCUAUCAUUUAGAUUAACAAUACCCAACACCGAGGCAUGCGCAGCCACAGCCAUAGGCGCCAGAGGUUCGAGACAGGGGAUACACAGCAGAUAUCACCGAUACGUCCACAUUUAUCUGCAGACCAUGGCCUGGUUCCUGAUCUACUCCCUGUGAGCUGGCAGUUUUAUAAACGCCCGAUCCACAAUGCUCCAGCUCAUCGGUUAAGUUUCAAGUUUCAAGGGCUCUCGACGUUCCACGCUGCCAUUGGCUGAGCCUGAUUUCUUAUAUUG